UAAAACGAAAAGUUGUUGAUUUUUUCUUCCACUGUUAAACUCAGAUUGUUAAUAUUAACAUGUUGAAUUUUUUAAAAUUUAAAAAUUGUUUUCUUCCAAAAAAUCGCAUUAUUCAUUGAAAAUCGUUCAAAUUGUUUUGUGGAAAGGGUGAUUAUUUGUUUCACGAAUGAGUUGCAGUGGUGAUUCCAACUGUGAUGUCAACGAAUCUAGUGCAGGCCAAUCUCAUUCCGAACAUGAAACUACUUUGAAGAGAGAUCAAUCGGAGGAAAAGCCAGAAACAGAUAGACAUUUGCAGUCAAUUGUCUCUCAACCACAACCAAGUGCAAACCUUAAUGACUGCAAUCCAAAUGAAAGCUUUAAUUGUCCGCCCGGCCUGGAGUAUUUAGCGCCUAUUGAACAGUUGUUUUUAAAAUUGAAGCUCGGACGUUGUAUGGGAUUUGAGAAAAAUAUCAAAUUUGAUAUAAAAGAUUCCACCGGACAAAUUAUUUAUCAAGCGAAUGAGUGCAGUGAAUGUUUCACACGUUGCUGUUACGGUUCGAAUCGUCCGUUUAAUAUGAAAGUGUAUGACCUUUACCAAAGGGAAGUGCUGCAUUUAAAGCGACCAUGUACAUUUUCGGGAUUUUGUGGUCCACAUUUUCCCGAAUCGUUGAAGAUAUCGGCAGCUGGCCAAAUGUUUGGAAGAGUCGAAGAGGAUUUGAACUAUCCACAAUUUGUUGUUAAAAAUCUCUUUGACGAAACCGUUCUGCGUAUCGAAGGUCCAUUUUGUUCUUCCGGUGGAAAUGUUGAAUUUCAGAUUUAUUCCGCAAACGGCAAGCAAGUGAGUCAAAUAUCCAAACACGGUGUUGAAUUAACGCAUGACCUAACCACGGACACAGAUAAUUUUGCCAUUGAUUUCAUCAGGGAUUUAGACGUUUUCCAAAAAGCAGCCAUCGUUGGAGUUACAAUUUUUAUUGAUUCGAUGUUUUUUGAACGGAAGAGCAAUAAUUCGGAAUGAUUUUAACAACGUCCAUUAUUUUAUGUAUUUCAAUUAAAUAAAUUACGGCGAAUAAAUGUGUUUAUUUUUAUUCAAUGA